CACAUUGGAGAUGUGCUCUAAGGAUUCUGAGUUCAAGGUGAUCCUGUUUGCAUUAUGUUACUUCCACGCUGUUGUGGCUGAGAGGAGAAAGUUUGGUGCUCAGGGCUGGAACAGAUCUUACCCCUUCAACAACGGAGACCUCACCAUCUCCAUCAAUGUGCUCUACAACUACCUGGAGGCCAACUCCAAGGUGCCCUGGGAUGACCUGCGCUAUCUGUUUGGGGAGAUCAUGUAUGGUGGUCACAUCACAGACGACUGGGACAGGAAGCUGUGUCGUACUUACCUGCAGGAGUACAUCAGACCUGAGAUGCUAGAGGGGGAACUUUACCUCGCACCUCGCUUCCUUGUCCCGCCCAACUCUAACUACAAGGGUUACCAUACGUACAUUGAUGAGGUGCUGCCUCCAGAGAGCCCCUACCUGUACGGCCUCCACCCCAACGCUGAGAUUGGCUUCCUCACCAUCACCUCUGAGAAGCUGUUCCGAACUGUGCUGGAGAUGCAGCCCAAAGAGUCUGACGCUACUGCGGGAGGGGGGAUUUCCCGAGAGGAGAAGGUGAAAGGCAUCCUGGAUGAGAUCUUGGAAAAACUGCCGGAUGGUUUCAACAUGAUAGAGAUCAUGGCCAAGGUGGAUGAGAGAACUCCCUACAUUAUUGUGGCCUUCCAGGAGUGUGAGAGGAUGAACUUCCUCACCAAGGAGAUUGCACGUUCCCUCAAAGAACUCAACCUUGGACUAAAGGGUGAGUUGACCAUCACCACAGACAUGGAGGACCUGGGUAACUCUCUGUUCCUGGACACAGUGCCAGAGUUCUGGACCAAGCUGGCCUACCCCUCCCUACAAGGCUUGGGGGGCUGGUAUGCCGACCUGCUACUCAGGAUCAAGGAGUUGGAGGCAUGGACAUGUGACUUUACACUCCCCACUACUGUGUGGCUGGCUGGUUUCUUCAACCCCCAGUCUUUCCUGACUGCCAUCAUGCAGUCCACGGCCAGGAAAAACGAGUGGCCUCUAGACAGGAUGUGUCUGUCUGUAGAGGUAACCAAGAAGAACCGCGAGGACAUGACCAGCCUACCCAGAGAAGGGGCCUACAUCUACGGCCUCUACAUGGAGGGGGCACGUUGGGACACCCAGACGGGGGUGAUAGCAGAUGCUCGACUGAAGGAGCUGACCCCCAACAUGCCAGUGAUCUUCAUCAAGGCAGUACCAGUGGACCGGCAGGAGACCAAGAACAUGUACGAGUGUCCUGUCUACAAGACCCGCAUGAGGGGACCCACCUUCAUCUGGACCUUCAACCUUAAGACCAAGGAGAAGCCUGCCAAGUGGGUACUGGCUGCCGUCUGCCUGCUCCUCAGUGUGUGAAAAAGAAAAAAGGCACAACACUUUAAUAUACCUUUUUAAAUAAAUACAAAUAUUUUUCAAAAACCAUGACAUCAGGAUUCUCUUCAGCACAGGGACAUGAUCCUCA